CGCGCGAAACUCUACCGUGCUCCUCUGUUUCUGAUUUCUGUUUCUCGCAGGUUUUUCACAUAGAAAAACUAUUAUAUUUGAGUUUUGGGUGAUGUAGAAUUGGCGUCUUUCUUACUGCUGGUGUUGUUGUUGUAUAGUAUUCCUCGUCCGGUUCGUGUUUUGAUGAGGUUUAGAGGCUUGUCUUGCCAAUGUGCUUUAACUGCUCGGAAAACUGGCUUGUUUUGCCACUAACGUCCUUCAGUUAAAUUAAUAAACACCGCAGAGGUUUAGUUCACCUCCUCUGUUUUUACACGGUACAGGCUGAUAGUACCAUAGGCAGGAUGAUAGCUCGACUUCAGCAAACAGGGUACGAGGAGGACAGGCUGCAGAGGGUGGCAAAGCUGCUGCCCUGUAGAGAGCUCCAGGCUGGGACCCUGCUGUCUAUCAUGGGACAGCCUCAGCAGUACAGCUACCCUUCAGUCUUUAUCUACGGUCACCGAGCCUCUGGGAAAAGUCAUGUGAUGCACAUUUUACUCAAGGAACUAGAGCUGCCUCACGCCACAGUCAGCUGUGUUGAAUGUGUUUCCGUUGCGUUGCUGUUUGAACAAGUGCUGCUGUCCUUCUUUGGCUGCGAUGCUGCAUCCCUGCUCCCCCGCAGUCCCUCUCUAUCCGACUUCGUGCGUAUCUACAGGCAGCAGUGCUUGGAGAUGCCCGCCAAGCAAACACGAUAUGUUGUAAUGGAAAAAGCUGAGCUGCUGAGAGACAUGGAUGCUAAUCUUCUCCCUGCCAUCUUACGUCUUCAGGAGUUGGUAGAGGACAACGUUACUGUGAUCUUUCUCAGUGAAAUAGUCUGGGACAAGUUCAGGCCCAACACUGGCUGUUUCGAGCCUCUUCUGCUCCACUUCCCCGACUACAGUAAAGGUGAGCUACAGCAGAUUUUGUCUCAGGACAAGCAUCCUUCAUACUCAGCUGAGUUUUACUCCUCCUACAUCAACAUCCUACUGGGAGUCUUUUACUCGGUCUGUCGGGACCUCAGAGAGCUACGCCACUUGGCUGCUCUUAACUUUUCAAAGUUCUGUGAGCCCCUGGCAGAAGGAAAAGUGAAAGAGAGUGACACACACAAGCUGUGGAGAAACAUUGAGCCUCAUUUGAAAAAAGCCAUGCAGACAGUUUACCUUCGAGAGGUGUCCAGCCUGCAGUGGGAGCAGAUGCAGCAAGUGGAGGAGAAGGAAACUGGACCACUGAGAGGUUUAUCUGCUCACACUCAUGUUGAACUACCCUAUUACUCCAAGUUUCUGUUGAUUGCUGCCUACUUGGCAUCUUACAACCCAGCUCGCACAGACAAACGCUUCUUCCUCAAGCAUCAUGGAAAAAUCAAAAAGACAAACUUCUUGAAGAAAAAUGAAAAGACAAGUAAUCACCUUCUGGGUCCAAAGCCUUUUCCUCUGGACCGCCUACUUGCCAUUUUCUACAGUGUAGUUGACAGCAGAGUCGCCCCCACCGCCAGCAUUUUCUCCCAGAUCUCCUCUCUGGUGACGUUACAGCUGUUGACUCAGGUCAGUCAUGAUGAUCAGCUCGAUGCCCCCAAAUACAAAUGUGCUGUGUCAAUGGACUUCAUCUGUGCCAUAUCCAGGACUGUGAACUUUGAUAUUGUCAAGUAUCUGUAUGACUUCCUGUGACCGUGCUGUGCAUAAUGGAGAGAUGAAACAUACUGACAGUAAGACAUAAGGGGAUAUGCACAUGAAUACACUAACAGAUAAACAUCAUGCAAAAUGAGAAGCCCAGACUGUUGAGUUUGUGGUGUAAAAUUAAUUCAGUUAUGCCAAUGCCCCCUUGUGGUUGUCAGAUGAACUUAUAUAUUUUCUGUCAAACUCUUGUGCCUCAGGAUGUGUAUAAAAAGAUAUUUGCAUUUGUAUUGUAUAAAAUAAAAGCCAUAUGGGCAAGUUUUGUUUGUGUCCCUCCUUAAGCUAUAUAUAAAGGAAUUACUUCAGGAGUGUUACUUCAGUCGAUAUUUGUUCUUUAUCAUAAUAGACAGCUAAUAUACAGCUGAGCUGCAGGAUUAGCAUAGAACUCAUAUUGCUCAUAUCAAAUAAGGAUUAUUGUGGUGCAGCUGUAAAAUCUACCUGACAAAAACCGACUGUGGCACAGUGCAGGUGAAUCAUCGUCCUUGCUCAAAGGGACAACUGCUGCUUCCGUAAUGUGUUACCAUUUUUAAAACUGCUGUGUGACGGUACUUGAGUCACAGAAUGUCACAUUGUAGUGAAGAAUAUUCACCAGCUUAUAUGAGGAGUUGUCUUUAAAGGCAAAGGCUGCUCUCUUAAUGUGGCUUCCGUUUUCUAAUCUUCCAUCACCUUUUGAACAUUUCAACUCCCAUCUGAUCUUCAAGAUUCUGUGUUUACCAGAUGAUUAUAGCUCUGAGACUGUAUUUGAUUGGAAAUGAGAGUGAGCUUUUGGAUGAUGAUGGUGAUGUGGUGAUUUGUGGAUGAAUUUCAUUCCCGUCUUAACUUCCUGUGACUCUGACAAUUAGUGAUGCAUCUGAUUUUUUUUUUUUUUUUUUUGCAGUUGUUAUGGCAACAUGUAUAAGGCAACACCUGCAGCACAUUUAUACAAUGACAUGAACUUUAUUAAUUCCUUCAGAAUUUCAAUAUUCUGAUGAGGUACACUGAAGUGAAACAUUUCAUAGGGGAUUUUAACUGUUCAUGUUUACUGUACAAAUAAGCAAAAAGCUUAAUGAACACAUUCAGAAAUCUUACAAAAGGCACCAAUCGAGCACAGCAAGCGAUUAAGCAACAUGAGAAGGUGAUCUAUAUCUGUAUCAAUACUGAACAAACAGCAAACCAUUCAGCCAGAGCCAACACCCACACACAUGCUGUUUAAAUAAGUGACUAAUCUGUUUGACAUACAAAAUGCUAUAAAACCAAGAGCCACUUUGAUUCCCCUGGUAA